UACCUGGGCCAGGUGAGCGAGCUGUAUUGCACAGCUAGGGUGGGAACCUGGUCGAAGAGCGAUAAUGGCAUCACAUCCACGCAGAGUUCGACUGAAACCCUGGCUAGUAGCUCAAGUAGACAGUGGAAUGUAUCCAGGUCUUCUUUGGCUUAACAGGGAUGCAAAGCGAUUUCAAAUUCCUUGGAAGCAUGCAACUCGACAUAGUCCUCAGCAUGAAGAAGAAAAUACCAUUUUUAAGGCGUGGGCUGUGGAAACAGGAAAGUAUCAAGAAGGGGUUGAUGAUCCUGAUCCCGCAAAAUGGAAAGCCCAACUCCGCUGUGCUCUCAACAAAAGCCGUGAAUUCAAGCUCAUAUACGAUGGCACCAAAGAAGUACCAAUGAAUCCAAUUAAAAUUUAUGAAGUAUGUGACAUCCCACCAUCCCUGACGCCAAUCAUUAAUCCUGGUUCCACCGGUUCAGCUCCAUGGGAUGAAAAGGAUAAUGAUGUAGAUGAUGAAGAUGAAGAUGAAUUAAAUGAGUCUCAAAACGUAGCAAUACAGGACAGUUUUCCGUUUCUUAAUAUCAAUGAUUCCCCAAUGGCUCCUGCUAGUGCAGAGACCUGUAGCCCUGAAGCUGUGUGGCCAAAGAAUGAGCCUGAAGAUGUGGAGAUGCCAAUGCCUCCUGCGCUGCCAGCUCUACAGCAUGAUAUGUACAGCUCUCCUGAACUUUGGAUUAGUUCUCUUCCUAAUCUCGAAAUCAAAUUUGAAUAUCGAGGCAAGGAGUUUGGGCAGACAAUGACUGUGAGCAACCCCCAAGGCUGCAGACUUUUCUAUGGAGAAUUAGGUCCUAUGCCAGAUCAAGAAGAACUCUUUGGGCCUAUUAAUUUGGAGCAAGUCAAGUUUCCAGGGCCCGAACCCAUCACGAAUGAAAAGCAAAAGCUGUUCACCAGUCGACUGCUUGAUGUAAUGGACAGAGGGUUAAUACUAGAAGUCAGUGGUCAUGCUAUCUAUGCUAUCAGGCUUUGCCAGUGCAAAGUAUAUUGGUCUGGGCCAUGUGCACCUUCCCCUACCACACCAAACUUAAUUGAAAGACAGAAGAGAGUUAAGGUCUUUUGUUUGGAAACAUUUCUAAGUGAGUUAAUUGCCCAUCAGAAAGGACAGAUUAGUAAACAGCCACCAUAUGAGAUCUACUUUUGUUUUGGAGAGGAAUGGCCAGAUGGAAAAUCAAAAGAGCGAAAGCUGAUUGUUGUUCAGGUAAUUCCAGUUGUAGCCCGGAUGAUCUAUGAAAUGUUCUCUGGUGACUUCACCCGCUCCUUUGACAGUGGCAGUGUGCGUCUACAGAUCUCUAUUCCGGAUAUCAAGGAUAACAUUGUUGCCCAGCUAAAACAACUCUACCGUCUGCUGCAGAAUCACCAAGAAGGCUGGCCAGUGCAACCACCAAAUAUGCAGAUGACCCCACCCCUCACAGCACAGUGAUGACCCAGUCUUGGAUAGACAAGCAAUUGUCUGAAUUCUUCAGUUCUAGAUUGAAAUUAAUUGAAAUAAAAACACUUUUAAAUAUUUCUUCACAGUGACAUUUUAAUGACAAAUAUUGAUACACAAUAUAAUCUGUCAUAAAUAAUUUUGCAAAAGUUGAUCUAGUUAAAAUACACGUAGACAAGCAUAUUUCUCUAGAAAUGUUUUCACUUUUAUACAUGUAACUAUAUAAAUAUAAAGUUUAAACUUUUCCUUGCUUGCAUGUAAUGCUGUGGUGCUUUUUAAAAAAAAUAUAAUAAUAAGUUUGACAGGAAUACUUAUUUCACUCCUCUAUUCUUAGAGUAUUUUUAUAACACAGUUUAAAUGCAUUCUAUUAAUUCAUGAUUACU